GGAGCUGAUGUAACGGACCCGGGCACAGAGACAGAGGAGAGUUUGGGGGCGUCUGACUCCACCCAGAGGCCUGCAGAUUCCCAGACACCCAGCUUUGAAGGGAGCUCGAUGGAGGCCUUCUCAACAGAGCAAUCAGUCACAAGUUCUGGUACCCGGAUGCCCCAGUCACCACGAAGACCUAUGCAUCAACUUCCACCCCGACUGAACAUCCACCCCGCCUCAACAUCAGAACUAGGACCUCCUGCUCAGGUUCCUCGUAUCCCUGUUCGGCGUCAGUCAGUGGGCAGGCUCACUCCUGGAGUUCCGAGCAGUGCUCAACACUUCUUUGAAGACGAUGACAGGAUGGUUCCCAGCACUCCCACUCUGGUGCCUCCUCGUUCUGAAGGUUUUGAUCAGGCCAUCCAUUCCCCCCAAGUUGCAGGUGUGCCUCGCUUCAGGUUCGGCCCCUCAGAAGACCUGCCACAGACCAGCUCAUCUUCACAUUCUGAUCUGGGUCAGCUCGCUUCCCAAGGAGGUCUUGGGAUGUAUGAAAGUCCUCUGUUCCUAGCAACUCACGAGGAGGAGUCUGGUGGACGCAGUGUUCCCACCACUCCUCUACAAGUUUCUGCUCCAGUAACGAUCUUCUCAGAGGUUGCGCAGUCCGACACAUCGGAGCACGCCUCCCAGUCUGUUCCUAUGGUGAGCACRUCCACACCAGGACUUGUACCAGGAUCGGGCAGUUCAGUGGAGGAGAGGGACAUCUUCCUGGAACCAGACACUGACAGGCCCAGUGCUGAAGUAUCUUUGGAUCCUGUGGUGUCACAAGGAGACUCAGAGGAGCCAAGUCAACUGUCUGACAAGGCCAGCCUUCCCUCCACCAGCCAGGAGCCACCUUCUAGUUCUGCAGAUACAAGCAGCACCGUCCAACCCAAACCCUCUCGACCUGGACCCAGCAGACAGCUGCAGCGCUGGCCGGACCACCGCGGGGGACGCAUGAAAAGAGGAGGUCACGCCUUUCCUUCCCGUGGUGUACCAGGAAGACGAUUUAUGAGAUGAAGCACUAAUUUGAUGACUUCACAACCAAACCUGACCAAAACGCAUCAGAAACACAUUUUUCAAGUGAUUUUCCCUUGUUCUGUAGCCCAGUUUUCCCUUGUUAUUUUGUAAUGUGUUUAGAAAGUUCUUUUUGUAAUCUGCUGAAGCUCUCUUUUAAGAAGAAGAAAAAAAUGUUUAAGAAUAUUAGUUGCUUUUCAGUUAUGGUUUUUGACAUUUGAAGAAUGUGUUGCUCUGAGACGAAGUGUUUGGUUUAGGAACCGUGAUGACGGGACGUUCACCAGUCAUUCUCACGUUGUAGGACGUCGCUGCAAAAGAAAUGAAACGUUUUAGUCGUCAGGUUUGACAAACAGCAGAGCGUGUAAUUUAGGAUGUUUUUCAUGGAGUUGAGUUUCCAUUUAAUGAAAAUAAAUUUGCUAGAAACCAA